CUCCCGACGCGUAAAAUACUGACGAUUUGUCACGUCCCUUAACUUCUCAUGCUGACGCUAAAGGUACCCUUCCACGUUUUUAUGUGACGCUGUGGGUUGUCAAUUCAUUCCAAUAUGAUCCCGCUCGCGGCGAUCAGAGACGCUUCAAGCAGAGGCUCCAGCCAUCUAUUUACUCCAAUAAUAACCCCGUCACGGCGAAACAUGACGCCGUGAAGCACAAUCUAACUAUAGAACCGGGGACCCUCUCCGCGAACGGGUUUUUCUCCCGAAUUUAAUGCUUUCUUUUAAUGACAUCGUUAACAUUUCUCAACAAAAAAACAUGAGAGUAUCACUGAUAAUUCAACAAUAAAAUCGCUUCAUGUUGUGGCCAUCACACAGUGUUUUCCAAAGUGAUUCACGAUCUGAAAGUGCGCAGAUUUAACGUACAUAAUCCUUUGUUAGGUUUAUUAUUUUCAUUUCACACGUAAAACACAUUUAUAGAUUAAUUCACCACUCCUGUUAGUUUUGGAUGCGCUCGGCUCCAACCAAUCAGACGCAACCGGUGUAAGCAAAGGAUGAUGGGAGAACGGAGAGACCCGUUUAUAAGAAUAAGAAAAUGAGGCGGAACUGAUUGAUUCUAAUGCAGCUUGAAAAUGAGUGAUUCAGAGGAUCCCGAGCUGGAGGAAGAGCUUCAGGCUGCUGACGAACUCCUUCAAGAUAUGCAGAAUGAUGCACAGAGUGAACCUCAGCCAAGACCAGUGCGCUGGAAAAAACGUGACAGACAGGGAGAUUUUAUUCCUCAAAGACCAUCAACCAGUCGAAGUACUACUUGCAUGCCACGUGUGUCCAGAGAUCAGCAUCAAUGUCCACGUGAAGAAACUAGUUAUGUUACCAGUGUCAACCCAACAAAAGUGUAUGGAACUGAGGUGCUCCGUCAGGAGCUCCUUCAGUUGUUGGAGGAUGGAGAAGAGGACGCAGCCAUGACUUGUGAGACGUCAUCUGAGUCAGCUGCUACUCACUGGGCGAUUAGAAAUAUGGUGUCCUCGCAAAAGUGGAAAGAGGCCAGGCCUUGUCUUAUAGACAAUAUGUUAGCUACUCUGGAUCCACAGUCACACCGUGUGUGUCAGUGUGGCAAACAAGUAGUUGUGAGGUGUCUGGACUGCCUUCCUCUUCCAUUCCUUUGUGCUGACUGUGAUAUUGCAGUUCACACACGCUUUGUCCUGCACAACAGAGAGGCAGUAACAGGAGGGUUUUUGCAGCCUUCAUCAGAGUUUCACAAGCCAAUAGUUCGGCUGUUGCCUGUCCAAAGGCCAGACCAUGUGUGUGACUGCCCAGCAGGUAACGUUGAGGUUUCACCCGGCUCAGUUGUGGCUCUUGUAACCAUAAAUGGCCGUUAUAACCUUGCACUGCCAGUGGUGAGAUGCACCAGCUGUGGCCUAAUGUGGUCCCCCUCAGUUAAGGACAUCCUGGGUAGUGGAUAUUGGCCUGGCACCUUAAAUUUCUGCACCCUGUUUUCAAUGGAUGUCUUUCAGUCUUUCUAUGACAUUAAGAAGGCUGCACCAGGUAUGUCACUUAAGGCAUUUGUCAAAAUGCUGGAUGAAAGAACAGCCCAUUUUGGAAGGACUGGCCGAAUAUCAGCUGAUGCCUUCAGUAAAAGUUUCUUGGAGUGGAGUGCUGUAAAGUUUGAGGUGGACAGGAUGUGCAAGGAGCCAUGCUUUAGCUGCCCUGCCUGCACUCCAGACAUGCUUGCCGUCUCAGUUGAUGGAAACCGUAAGCUUUAUCGCUUUCAAUCUAAUGCAAGCACUUCAGAGCAGGCGAACUUUGAAGGUGUCUUCAUUGAAAAAGAUGAGGACGUUGCUGAGUUUGUGAAAUACAUCCAGAGACACACAAGUCAUAGGAAGUUGGCAGCUAACGUCCCAGGACAUAUUACGUUCCUUUGCUCCGAUGUGGCCUGUAAAUAUUUCCCCUAUUUAACCAAGGUGGCUCAGCAGUGCCCUGAGCUGAGGAACCUCUUGUCAAUGCGUCCUUUUCUCUCCGUCAUGCAUGCAAAGGCUCACACUUGGAAAUGCGAGAUCAAAUGGGGAGGUGCGUUUCAGGAUGGGGCCGGUUCAACAGUUGGAGAAGAGGUGGAACAAGUAAACCGUUUCCUGUCUAGGGCGGCCAUCACAACGAAGUACAUGUCUAAAGCAGGGCGAACAGACAUGCUGACCCUCCUGGCUUUGGGUUGGAACAAAAGGAAAGUGGAACAACUGGGCCGCACUUUGAGCCAGAGAUAUCUAAAGAUCAUAAGGAUCCUUAGAGAACAAGUGGAGAGCCUGAAUGCGACCAAAAAUGAGCUGGGUGUGGAUGACGACACACUGCAGCAAUGGGUGGCCGAUGUGCAGAAAUGGGCUGAAGAAACUGAUCAAACUGAUGGCAGCCUUGGAGCGUUGCAGGCACGAAUAGAGGAGCUUGUCGUCAUCAUCAGAGUGCGAACACAAAGUCUUUACAGACAAAAUGAUAGCAACAAGAGCCGACACAGAAUUCGCAAGGUCAUCUUAGUUGAGAAGAAACGCUUGGCGGCUGCUGUUGACGACUACAACAAGCUUGCUGAACCAACAAAGCAAAUCGUAUCCAGUGAUGCCCUCAUCCAGACCGAUAUUUGGCCCUGGCAGAGCACAAGUGAACCUGCUGCUGACCUCCAGACAAAGAGAAAGGUCUUUGAGAAGGUGAUGGCUGUGAGGCGCCUGAGAGAGGAGGAGAUGAUCCUUUGCAGGGAGAUGUGGCAUCACUGGACAGUGUUGCGAAUGCGAUCUGUGGUGUUGGGGACAAUCUCCUCAGACUCCUCCCUUGUUGGCAUGUCGGAGGAUGCACAGAAGGGACUCUGUAGCCUGGUUUUAAAAAAACAAAGUGAACUGAAAGCUGAAAUGCUCAAAGUAAAGGACAUGUACAAGAGAAUCCUCAGCCACCAACCACUCCUGGAAAUGGACUCGGAGGAGGAGGAAGACAUUCCAGACGAUGCCACUGAGAGUGAUUUGAGCACUUCUGAUGAAGACUGAUUGUGUCAUCCUUGAUGUUAUUUUUGGUAAAAUAAAAAGUUAAUCACA